CGGCGCCUCUCCCGCCUGCCUGAGUUGAGUGAGCCAAAGAAGGAAAGAACCUUCAGGGCAAGGGCGGCCAGCUCCAGCGCUAGACGCAUCUAGCUGCCAGCUGCAUAAGCCAAUCAGCCUCUCCAAGACAAGCACUCUGGAAAACGCCAGCGACUGUCAGUUGUCGCCGCAUUCGCAGUCAACCAACGGUUGCGUGGGUGGUGGUUACGCGGUUACCGGUAAUUUUCUCCCCGAGAGAUCUACCGCUGCUUGAAUAGUUCGCUAAGGCACCAGAUCCAAACUGCACCAUGCUCUUCGGCUCGCAGUACGACGAGGACGGCGGCACCGACCAUAGCGGCAGCUCCACGACGCCACCGCAGUCGGUGCGCAAGAAAAAAUCUGCCGUCUCCUCCCGCAAGGGCAAGACAAGUAGCCGACGCGACAAGACUCGCCCCAGUAUGGCCGGCGCCGCCUCCGCUGUCAUCGCUGCUGGACAGAGCAGCCCUACGCGGUCUUUCGACUCGACCAACUCGUCGUCUGCGUCCUCCAUGUCCUACUUCCCGUCCAACCAGCGCAACGGGGGCACCAGCAACUUCAACUACUCAAGCUUUGGGGACACCAGCGUGACCGGUAAUGGAAAUGGUAUUGCCACGGUGAACACGCCGACACUGGUGUCUAAGACGCGGCGACGCGUCUCCAAGAAGAAGGCCGAGAGAAUCAAGAAACCCAAGCGACCAGUGGACCGUCAGUGCAUGUAUCCAAGCGUGUGGAAGCAGCUACAAUUCCGCAAGAAGAUCGUGCAGCUCGCCUCUAAUCUGAGUGAGAAGCCCAUCUGUGUCACAGGCGUGGACGGCUUUUUGGCCUCGUGGAUCGUAUGUGAGCUACUCAACCGCGGCUACCGCGUACGCGGCACGGUGCAGAACGGCAAGGACGACAUCUCGGGCUUGCUACAGCUCCCGAACGCCAGCAAGAACUUCUCAGUCGUAGAGACGUCGCUUCUGACGCCUGAGGCGUGCGACAUGGCCGUCCAAGGGUGCGACUUUGUGAUCCACACGGGCACGCCGUCUUCAUGCUCGGUGCGAGACCCUCUAUCCGAACAGCAGGAGCCUGGAGUGCACAGUAUUGGCAGUCGGAUGCACUGCAUCAUUCCCAUGAUGACGAACUUCAUUCAAGCCUGUGCACGUUCACGCAUUAAGCGAGUUGUGCUGACCUCGUCCAUUGCUGCGAUGGCCGACUCGGUGACGCCGGACUCGAUCAUCAAUGAUGCCUGCUGGAACGUGACGUCGUCGCUGGAGAAGAAUCCGCAUUUCUUGAGCUUAAAGCUGGCCGAGGAAGCGGCCUGGCAGCUUGUGGAUCAAUUGCCCAGUGAUCGUCGUAUCGAUCUGGUGACGAUGAACCCGGGAACGUUGUUUGGACCGAUGCUGUCGAAGUCGAAACUGGCGCCUGGAAACCAAGUCAUUUACGACCUGAUUACGGGCCAAUACUCGGCGCUGGUGGAUCUGAAUUGGAGCAUGAUCGACGUUCGUGACUGUGCUGUAGCCCAUAUUGCUGCCUUGGAGAACAAUGACGCUCGUGGGCGAUACAUCUGCGUGAACAGGAGCGUCUGGAUGAAGGAGAUUGUCGAGAUUUUAUCCAACAAUGGCUACAGUGGCCGUGAUUUGCCGUGGAGAGUGGGUCUGCCUCGCUGGGUUGGGCGGUUGCCUGCGUACUCGAUCCAGCUUGGACAAGUCGGCGCGUCAUUGUAUGCGUACGAUCCUACCUCCGUCCGAUCUUCGCCAUAUCUUGGCGACAAGCUUGUGGAGCAUCUGAAUGUUCGUUUCCGCACAGUCGACUCGACGCUUGUGGAAUCGGCGAAUGAUCUGUUGAAGUGGGGGCUCAUCAAGCCCUGGGCUGAAGAUCACGAGGCUCUCGAGUGCGGAUGCUGCCACAAUCCGUUCACAUUCUAUCGAAGAAAACACCAUUGUCGGGAAUGUGGUGUGAUUAUUUGCAACGACUGCUCCAUGUCUCGAGCUGUUGUGGAAGGCACAGAAGGACGCGCUCGGUUGUGUGAUAAGUGCGUGAAGGGAUCGAUUCCAGACCUGCUCGAACUGUUGAGAGAUGAAGAUCCAGACAAGAAGCGCACGGCAGUGGUUGCGUUGGAGUCGUUGAUGGAGAACCCAUUGAAUCACGACUACGUCACUCGUUUCGGCGGCAUUGUGCUGCUAAUGGACGCGAUCCACCACCCUGACGAAUCUAUCUCGUCGCAUGCUGCUGGAGCGUUGUGUGCGCUGUCGUUAAGCGUGGCCAGCACGCUCCAGAUGGUACUUGAAGGAGCAGUCUUGCAGAUGCUGGAGGUCGAGGAAACGCUUAGUACGUGGGCUAUCUGCCUACAAGCUCUUCGCAACAUCUGGAAACAGAUCAACCGGCAGGAUUUCCGACGGAUGCUGCACGCUGUGGCUCGUGUAUCUGCUGACGCCAAUAUCGGCGAACUUCGGGGUAACAUUCUGCUUACGUUUGUGCACAUGAUGGAUGCAGAGGAGGUCCCCACUCUUUUAUCCGAGGGACUCCUGUCGGUGCUGUAUCACAUGCUGCAGUCUACUGCUGAGUUCCCACGUUGUGCAGCUGCGCACGCAAUAAAGCACUUGGUGCCUGCUGGAUAUGACCCGGAUGUGACCAUCGAUGUGCCGCCCUACGUCGUGGAUGACCACGAGGAAUUGUUCCUGAAUUCCUCACUGUCCGAUCUUCAGUUCCUCGUCAAAGGUCACAUCGCGCCGAUCAAUGCACACAAGGUCGUGCUGUUCUUCCGCAACUCGUAUUUCAAGAACAUGGUGAGAGUGAGUAUCGUUUGCAUGCCCUUCAAUAUCUUUUCUUUGCUACACGUCCACUAUGGUAUGCAAGGUGCUAACAGUUUUUGUUCAUGUACAACAGUUUGGCACGGCAACCAGUCAAACUGCAGUCAUUGAAGUCGACAACUGCAGUUAUGAAGUCUUCUCGAUUUUGCUGCGGUUCCUGUACACUGGCAAGGUGGACAUUACAGCAGAUGUAGCUGAGGAAUUGCUGCGAGCAUCGUCGUUCUACUGUGUUUAUGAGCUGCAGAAGCGUACGGAGGCAUUCCUAAGCGGCCAGAUUUGUGUGGAGAACGUGGUGGACUUGUUGACGCUGUCUGAAGAAUGCAACGCCGACGAUCUCAAGAAGAACUGCGUGCCGUUCUUGAUGCGACACAUUCACGAAGUCGUUCGCUUGCCUGCGUUCGAGGAACACCGUGUGCGUUCGAGUGAGGAAGUACUGAAGGCUCUGACGAAUAUGCUUGGGCCAGAGUGGGAAGUAAGCUACGCGAAGUUCAAGAAGUCCAUUGGGAUUAAGGACAAGGACAAGGAAGACGAGGAGCCUGUGGAGGCAGAGAAGACGGACGAAGAGGAUGAACCACAACCGACAGUGCACCAGGUGAACGAGAUCCAAGAGGCCCCACUAUCGCCGCGUUUCCUGCUAUCACCCGUGCCUCCUCCCAGCUUCUCGGGCAACACAUCCGCAUUUGCGACGGAGUCACCGCGGCUGAAUACCGUGGGAGAGGACAAAUUGACCGAGGGAAUCCAAUUUAUGAAGACUUUUGGCAACGAGGACGUGCUCUUCCGACGUGCUCGCAACAUCUCGGAGGACUUUUCGGAGGGGUUAUCGGAAGGCGUGUGCUAGUUUUAAUGAUUUAUAUGAGCUGAAGGCGGAUGGACGAUGUGUGUGCCUGACAAAUAAUCGAUAUGAAGCUUGCAGUUGCAGUUGUUGGUAUCAUCUUAUUCUCUUUUGCAACGGCCUUUUAGUUUAGAGCGUCACGGUUAGCUUGAAAUAGCGUCACGACACAAACCACAAAACAGAUUACAAUUUGUAAUAUACCGAUGUAAAUACGGUAUUUAAUACAGUCUAUCGUAUCUUUUCGAAU